AUGCCACACUUUUUUAAACCACUUCAAGCUCUGACUGCAAUUGUUUUGGCAAUUUGUGUUGGUUCAACUGGAAUGGGCGAUAAUGGAAUUUUAUGGUUCACAAUUAUAGUUUCAUUGUUUGUAAGUUCUUCUUACUGUACUUUUUCUUUAAACUUUCCAUAUUGAAUAUUUCAGAUUUCUGCCACUGCUACAAUUAUUUUUGCUUUAAAAAAACAAGAUGAAAUUCUAGACAGUUUAACAAAUGGAAGUGUUAGUUGGAAUAUUGUCGAACUUGUAUACUCAUUUAUUCUCUCAAUUUUAUCAGUCAUCUGUGUUUGGCUCUCUUUUUCAUUUGCAAAUCGCACACUUUUUGGAACUUCUGCUGGAUAUAUUGCGGCUGGCGUAAGUAUUUUUUUCUAAAUGUUAUCUUUAAAAAACUUCAACAUCAUUUUUUUAGUUGUUUUUCAUUCUUCAAACAAUAUUAUAUGCAAUUCCUUCUACAGUAAUUUAUCGAGAAGUUCAAGCAUCAGCAGAUUUGGAUCGUCAGUCAAUUUUUGUUGAACCAGCCUAUGAUGCAUCUCGGCCAACUUAUCAAGAUUUGUAA